AUGGCGGACAAUGGCUGCCCUCUCUGCUACAACAGCUUCGCCAGCAAGAGAGGGCUGUCGGGGCACAUGAGGACCCAUACAUCGACGGAGCGGAGGGCGGCGGCGACGCUGAUUGCCAUGAGGCAUUCCAACGAAAGCGACUCCUACGCGGGGCCGGCGAGGUUGGUGUGGACCACGAAGGGGAGAAGGAGCGCCCGCUUCCUUGUCCCCAGCGACGAACAGUCGGUUGUGCGUCUCGAGUCCCCAGAGAAGUCGCCGGUCAACGACGGCAAACAGAUGCCGGUAAUGGCGGAGCCGUGGGUCCUCGAAGUUGUCAAGCGCGAGGAGAUGCCCAAACCCGUGGAAGUCAAGCUAGAGCUUCCCCAGCCCGGCGUCGCAGAGGAAGCGGGGGGGCCGUCGGAGACCAAGAAACAGAAGACGGAAGACUCAGCGGCCCUCUACCAGCCUCUGGCUGACGGCCUCGCGGCGGCGCCACCACCGCUGAGGAAGGCGGAAAGAAAGCCAGCAGUGCCCUCCGGGCGAGAGCACAAGUGCAGUACCUGCGGGAUGAUCUUCCUCACGGGGCAGGCGCUGGGAGGGCACAAGAGGAAGCAUUGGCCUGGCCCGGCGCCAACGGGGGGAGCACCCACGCUUCAUUGCACUUAG